AUGCUCCUCAUUCUUCCCCGUGAAUUACGCGAUGAGAUCUAUUACCAUUUAUUUUUCACGACCCGCCUCAGGUUCGGCCCACGGAUAAUACCUGCCCGACACUCUCUAGCCAUUCUACGGACCUGCCACCAAGUUCACGAGGAAACCAAAGAUAUCUGGAUUUCCCGCGUCCUGUUCAGCUUCGAUGGUCUUGGGGAUAUAUUCCUAAAAUUUUCGAGCCUGAACCCUAGUGUGCUUUCGCACAUUAAAUAUGCCAGCUUUAGCUUAACGGAUAGUGAAAGCUCUGGAUUUUCUAAAACUGUUUCGGUUCACGAGAAAUAUUCACGAAUUUUCAAAUUAUUCCCCGGGUUAUGUCUUGAUAACCUCACUGUUUUUGCGACUCGAGAUUGUGAGCCCGCAUACAAGGCACUGUCUGGGCUGAUCCUAUAUGGAAGAGGCUGGAAGGAGUUGCACUUUGUUUCGCCCAAUGCAAGGAUACUAGGGUUGGCUCAACGCUGUUGCCCGAGACCGCUACCGAGUACCUGGAAUGAAUUCUUGUUUCAACCACCUUGUGCCAACCCUGACCAGAACUUCGAAGCGUCUAUAACAAUUUUCCGGUCUACGGUGACGCGCGAAGUUGGCGAACCAACCGGUAGUGUUUUGAACCCAGCCACGCGAAAAGUUUUUGAGAUGGCCACCCAGUCGCGAAUGUUACACAUCAACGUCUGUCGCAGAAGAAUGCCUCCCUCGUUCGAAGAAAUCGUAACAGGGAAUGAAUAUUUAGUGGUUGUCAAGCGGGGCCCCGAUGCGGAUAUCAUUAGGACGUAUGAUGAGAAGCAAGAGUUCGAGACAACUCCUAGUCAUUUUGCGCCAGCCCCCUUUAUUCAGUGUACAUCGGUUUACCACAAGGAUGUUCAGGAUUACCUCGAUUGGAAUGUCGAGGAUCCCGUUCCCGACGUCUACCACCGGAUUUAUGAUUUCGAGUGGAGUGACUUUCGUGCUCCGAAAGCGUCGAAAUCAACAUAA